AGUACACAAUGUACAGGUGUUUUAUUCUUCAAAGUAACAAUUGGACCAGUAAUUCAAAGUUGAAAGUUGAAACAAAAUGAUACCAAGUGCCAGAUUCGUCUAAAUGCUUGAAUCGGUUCAGGGGUUGAGGUUAGAGCAUGCCUCCGUUUCCGGGACCAAUAAGUCAAUAACACGGCUCGGCUCCAGGACCACAGGUGGCUUUCAGGGCUCUCACCGGGAGUAAUGCAUAUUUUAGUUGGCUAGUGACUCCAGCAAACAUAAGAACAACCCAGACAGAGAAAUCCCGCUUCGCACCUCCCAAUCACUCGCUAGCCAUUAUCAAUUUCUUCACCUAAAUGCAAGCUGCUCUUGCAGCUAUGGCCGCCCAUUUUAUCCUCUCUUUCACGGCCGUCAACCACCAUCCUCUCCUCUCCCAACUCUCCAAUCCCAUUUCCGCUUCUUCUUCGCCUUCUUCUUUAUCACUUCAUUCCUCAUUUCAUGGGGCAUCUCUCAAGCUUCCCCGCCAAUUUUCCGCCGCCGCACCUAAGCCUAUCACUGUCGUGGCAGCCACCAAGAAAGCGGUUGCUGUCCUCAAAGGCACCUCGAAUGUGGAAGGCGUCGUCACUCUCACCCAAGAUGAUGAUGGCCUCACAACUGUGACUGUAAAAGUUAAUGGGCUUACUCCAGGGAAACAUGGGUUCCAUUUGCAUGAGUAUGGUGAUACCACAAACGGGUGUAUGUCAACAGGAGCGCACUUUAAUCCGAAAGGGUUGACUCAUGGAGCUCCUAAAGAUGAUGUCCGUCAUGCGGGUGACCUGGGAAACAUAGUUGCCAAUGCCGAUGGUGUGGCUGAGGCAACCAUCGUGGACAAUCAGAUACCUCUGAGUGGUCCAAACUCGGUUGUUGGAAGGGCUUUGUAGUUCAUGAGCUGGAGGAUGACCUUGGAAAGG